AUGUCUUUACCGAAUAGAAGGAGCUCUAUUGUGACGUAUGUAGUGCUUGUGCUGUUGGAGUGUUACUGGGAAGCGGUAUCCGGGCAGCUCUCCUACUCUGUUUCAGAGGAGGUAAACCCGGGGACUUCUGUGGGAAAUGUCGCUAAGGAUCUAAACCUCAAUAUCCAGGAUUUGGAGUCCCGUAUGUUUCAGAUUGUCACCGGGUCCAAGAGAAAGUAUUUUGAUGUAAAUCUAAAGACUGGUGUUCUCUAUGUGAAUGAGAGAAUAGACAGAGAGGAGCUCUGUGCGAAGGCUCCGAAAUGUAUUGUGGGUGUAGAGGCCGUUAUCAACAAUCCGUUGAAGCUUUACCGUUUAGAAAUUAAUAUUUUAGAUGCAAAUGAUAAUGCACCGUCUUUCAGUGCUAAAUCACAAAGUAUAGACAUUGCAGAGAGCACGUUGUCUGGUGUUAGAUUCCCCCUACUAUCGGCAUAUGAUGCUGAUGUGGGGAAGAAUGGUGUCAAUACAUACAAGCUUAGUUCUAAUGAACAUUUUUCCUUAGCGGUGCAUAAAGGAGGAGGGAGUGUGUCUGCUGACUUAGUGCUGCAGAAAGCUUUAGACCGAGAGAAACAGCCUGUGAUCCAGCUCACACUGACCGCUGUAGAUGGAGGAAAUCCUCCGAAGUCAGGCACCUCGGAAAUUACUGUUAUUGUUUUGGAUAAUAACGACAACACUCCAGUAUUUACAAAAUCGUUGUAUAAGACUCGCGUUUUAGAAAAUGUUCCGACUGGGACAACAUUAUUAACUCUUAACGCAACAGAUGCAGAUGAAGGAGCGAACAGUGAAAUAAUAUAUUCUCUGAGCAAAAAAGAUCAGGACCACAUAUUAGAUGUUUUCUACAUUGACCCAACUACAGGGACAUUAACAGUUCAAGGCAAAAUUGAUUUUGAGGAACACCCUGCCUUUGAGAUACGGGCGCAGGCGAGUGAUAGAGGCCAGCCCCCGAUGGCAGCACACUGUAAAGUGCUGGUCGAAGUGGUGGACCUCAACGACAAUGCCCCUGAGAUCACUGUGACGUCACUCUUAGACACAGUGAAGGAGGACGCUAAGGAGGGCACUGUCAUUGCUCUCGUGUCAGUUCUCGAUAAAGAUGGUGGAAAAAACGGAGUUGUUCAUUGUAAGGUGAAGAAUAAGGUCCCUUUUAAGUUAGAGACUAACUAUAACAAUUAUUAUUCUUUAGUGGUCGAUGGGCCUCUUGACAGAGAGAGUGCGUCUCAGUACAAUGUCAACAUCAUAGCUACGGAUGAUGGGACCCCGCCUCUCGCCAGCACCAGCGUUAUUACUGUUCACGUUUCUGAUGUGAAUGACAACGCUCCUCGCUUCUCAGAACCCGUGAUGAAUGUUUAUGUGAAAGAGAACAGUCCAGUAGGCGAGAUAAUCAAAACAGUGUCAGCAUUUGAUGCUGACGUCAAUGAAAAUGGACAGGUGACCUACUCGUUCUUAGAGAGUAACAGCAACUCUGUACCGCUGUCUACAAUGGUCAAUAUCAACUCAGUGACAGGAGAUAUAGUCAGCCUGCAGUCUUUUAACUAUGAGGAGGUAAAAACGUUCAAUUUUAAAGUUCAGGCCACAGACUGUGGUGUUCCUCCUCUCAGCAGCAACGUGACUGUGAACGUUUUUAUCCUGGAUGAGAAUGAUAACAGACCUGGGAUUCUCGCGCCCUAUUCUGAGCACGGCUCCGUUAACACUGAGAACAUUCCCUAUUCUGCUGAAGCGGGCUACUUUGUGGCCAAGAUCAGGGCUGUAGACUCCGACUCUGGCUACAAUGCGCUGCUUUCUUAUCACGUCUCUGAGCACAAGGGAACCAACCUCUUCCGAAUCGGAACCAGCACCGGGGAACUAAGGACUACGAGGAGAAUGAGUGACAAUGACCUGAAGACUCACCCAUUGGUCGUGUUAGUUUCUGAUAACGGAGAACCCUCACUGUCAGCGACUGUGUCUAUUGACGUAGUGGUGGUUGAAAGUACAGGUGAAAUCCAUACUCAAUUCAGAAAUGUACCGAGAAAGGAGGAGAACUUCUCUGAUUUAAACCUGUAUUUGCUGAUCUCCAUUGCCUCGGUGUCAGUGAUAUUUUUCCUGAGCCUCAUCAGUUUAAUAGCUGUAAAAUGCCACAGGACAGACGACAGUUUCAGCAGGUACAGCGCCCCAAUGAUCACCACACAUCCUGACGGGAGCUGGUCUUACUCUAAAUCUACUCAGCAGUAUGACGUGUGUUUCAGCUCAGACACACUGAAGAGUGACGUUGUGGUUUUUCCCGCGCCAUAUCCACCUGCAGAUGCAGAACUGAUCAGUAUUAAUGGAAAUGACACCUUUAACCGGACUCAAACAUUACCCAACAAAGACAAGGUAAGAAAUUACGUUUUCAGUUAUACCAGAAAUCCGAUUUUCUCCUAACCUUAAAAAAUACAUUUGCUUUGGUGUACUUUUCAUUGUGUUUGGAUGACGUAGUCUUUUGUUUCGCUUUCUCAUUGAAAUUACUUCAAAUAAAUAAUAGAGCUCUUACUGCCUUAACAAGUUGUAAUAAACUCCUUGCUUUUCGCUCGCCGUCAAGAGAAACAUACGUGCUCUGUCCAAGGUGCUGAAACGUAUCACGGACUUUCACUGCCUGCUUUUGCCAGUUGUUUGAACUAAUGUAGUAGAUGCGGCUUUUGCCAUUACUCCAUUUAGAACUUUUCAUAUUAAAAAGAAGAUAGCCCUACAUGUGCUCUGAUAUUAUGGUCUUCAUUCAGAUUUUGUGUUUGUGUGUCAUGACAUGUAGGCUAAUAUGUUUUUCUGAGUUAGUGUAAGCUCAUACAUUCCCCAUUUGGCGUCACUGUUGACCGUGGCAUUGAGAUAUUGUAUUUGCUGUUUCGAGGCCCCUCCCAGUUUCAGAGGGUGAGGAAAUUUCUCCGGGCUUUGUUACAAAGAGACGCAGGAUGAAGAGAGGCUGCAUCGGCGUUUACCGUGUUGAAAUUCAGCUGGAUUUGAUACAUAUAUUUUUUCGAUGAUUUGAUUGUUUCACGGAAAUUCAUCUCUUUCGAUCUAUGCUUGGCUCACAUUCGAUGGAAUUAUGUCUUUACCGAAUAGGUGCUCUAUUGUGACGUAUUUAGUGCUUUUGCUGUUGGAGUGUUACUGGGAAGCGGUAUCCGGGCAGCUCUCCUACUCUGUCUCAGAGGAGGUAAACCCGGGGACUUCUGUGGGAAAUAUCGCUAA